AUGGACCUCCAAUCUCCGACAUUUUCUUUCACUAUACCGUCCAUUCAUGACGGCUGCAAGCUGGAAUGUCGACUCUAUCUGCCGCACCAGCUCCAAGAUAUAGAACCAGAAGCAUCGGGAACCUCCUCAGCCACGUGCGGUGCGAUUGUCGCCCACCCUUACGCACCACUCGGUGGCUGCUACGAUGACCCAAUAGUGGGCUUUGUCGGUGGCGAGCUUUUACAGGCAGGGUACAUCGUGGGGACGUUCAACUUCCGCGGAGCUGGGGGCUCUGAAGGGCGGACCAGCUGGACUGCGAAGCCAGAACUGGGGGACUAUGUGUCCUUCUACGGGUUCAUGUUGAACUAUUUACACGAGGUGAAUGCGACACUCUUUACAGGACAGAAUGAGAUCCCUGCCAGCAAAGCCUCCAGGACAGAAUCCCGACGCGUCCACUUAGUCAUUGGGGGGUAUUCGUAUGGGUCGAUGGUCGCCUCGCAUGUUCCGACCCUUGAUGUCAUGCUGGACCUGUUCUGCGAUGGGACUGUGACACCGGCGGCGAUCGAUGAGAUUGGCAGAGCAGCCAGGAAGAUCGCUGUGCAGUCCACACGGCGGCCCCCAGCAAAUCCGGACCGCCACGCCGACCAACCGGGGCCCCGCGCGGCGACUACGAUCUCCUAUCUGCUUGUGUCACCCUUGCUGCCACCCGUGAGCCAGCUUCUGACUGUUUUCUCUGCCCUAUCAGUGAACGUGGGGGACCAGACAUCAGCUCAGGCCCGACCUGGGGGCCGUCCAGCCGACCAGCUGAGCGCGCACCGGACGCUCGCGCUAUUUGGGGACCAGGACACUUUCACCGCAGCCCGCAAAUUGCAGCGGUGGUCAGCCGAGAUGGCCCGCAUGCCGCAGAGCCAGUUCCGGGGCUGCGAAAUCGAGGGUGCGGGGCAUUUUUGGCGAGAGCAUGGGGUGGAGACUCGGGCGCGACAGUCUCUGCGAGAAUGGCUACGAUCUUAA